AUGGCUACCGAACGCGUGAACAAGACGGCUCUUCAUCCAGCCGGUGUCGCGUAUGUUAAGACCCAUCUACCGAUGACAGGAACCCGACUGACACACCUUUCUCUCCUCCAGGCCCCGCCACGAGCACACAGAACUAGAAGAGGAGCUUCACGACCGCGCACACAUCGACUACGACCGCGUGGCAAUUGUAAGCCAAGCCAGCGGUUCAUGUGAAGCAGGCAUUCCCCGCUAACGGAGUGCAGAUCGCCAAUCCCUCGGUUGCCGCCCUUUACGAAGACGCAUUGGUGUACGAAACCGGAUCGGCCAUCACCUCGAGCGGAGCGCUCUCUGCAUACUCAGGCGCGAAGACUGGUACGCAGACAGAAAGGCAUACAAUGCGAGAGACACUAGCUCAUAAGUUUUGAACAGGACGAUCUCCCUCGGACAAGCGUAUCGUGAAGGAGGAGAACUCGGAGAACAAUGUGUGGUGGGGACCGGUAAACAAGCCCAUGACGCCUGAGGUGAGUGAACGUUCUCUCUCCCACACCACAAUGCAUUGUGCCCCGCCAUGAGCAUCGUUCCGCAAGAUCGCGCAGUACUCUACGCGUUGCGCUGCAUUCACACACACAUUCACGAAGCGAUUGGCGGGGCACGCGGGACGUCAUCGGCGUCGAGGGGCACCUCGCAUAGCCGAAGUCUCAGCCGCGUCUCGCCUUGUCCCCGGCCCAGCCCCACAGCCCCGCGAAAUCUCGGAUCAGGUCGCGUGCGCCCAACCUUUUCCCCCCAUACCCUGCCGAACAUUCACUCUUCCGAGCUUGGCUAACAUGUGAUCCCCGCGGAUCUAGGUCUGGCGUAUCAACCGCGAGCGAGCCGUCGACUACCUGAACACCAGAAAUCGCAUCUACGUGAUCGAUGGCUACGCUGGAUGGGAUGAGCGCUACCGCCUUCACGUCCGUGUGGUCUGCGCGCGUGCCUACCAUGCCCUCUUCAUGUACAACAUGCUCAUCCGCCCAUCGCGGAAAGAGCUCGAGCAUUUCCACCCCGACUAUGUCAUCUACAACGCUGGAGCUUUCCCCGCCAACAGAUACACCACUUCCAUGACAUCCAACACCUCCGUCUCCAUCAACUUCCAGGAGAAGGAGAUGGUCAUCCUGGGUACCGAGUAUGCUGGAGAGAUGAAGAAGGGGUGAGAAGUUCCCCCUUUGUGAAGAACCAAAUUAUGCCUUGAGACAUCUGCUGACAUUCUAUCGCUCUAGUAUCUUCACUGUGCUUUUCUACGAGAUGCCAGUCAAGCACAAUGUGCUCACUCUUCACUCCUCCGCCAACGAGGGUAAGGAUGGCGACGUCUCCGUUUUCUUCGGACUUUCUGGAACUGGCAAGACGACCCUCUCUGCGGACCCCAAGCGUGCUCUGAUCGGAGACGACGAGCACUGCUGGAGCGACACUGGUGUGUUCAACAUCGAGGGUGGCUGCUACGCCAAGUGCAUCGGUCUGUCGGCCGAGAAGGAACCCGAUAUCUUCAACGCCAUCAAGUUCGGUUCUAUCCUCGAGAACGUCGUUUUCGAUCCAGAUACCCGUGUCGUCGACUACGACGACACUACGCUGACCGAGAACACCCGCUGCGCCUACCCGAUCGAAUACAUCGAGAACACCAAGAUUCCUUGCAUCUCGACCAACCACCCCUCGAACAUCAUCCUGCUCACCUGUGACGCCCGUGGUGUCCUUCCACCGAUUUCCAAGCUCAACAGCGCUCAGACUAUGUUCCACUUCAUCUCCGGAUACACCUCGAAGAUGGCAGGUACAGAACAGGGAGUCACCGAGCCGCAAGCAACCUUCUCGUCUUGCUUUGCCCAGCCCUUCCUGGCUCUGCAUCCGAUGCGCUAUGCCAAGAUGCUUGCGGACAAGAUCGAGCACCACAACGCCAACGCAUGGCUCCUGAACACCGGGUGGACUGGAGCGGGAGCGACCACGGGCGGAAAGAGAUGUCCGUUGAAAUACACCCGAGCCAUCCUCGACGCCAUCCACAGCGGCGAGCUCGCCAAGGUCGAGUACGAGACCUACGAGACCUUCAAUCUGCAGGUGCCCAAGCAAUGCUCCAACGUCCCCGACGAGCUCCUGAACCCAGCCAAGUCCUGGUCGGGCAGCACAGAUUUCAAGGAAGAAGUGUCGAAACUCGGCGAGCUCUUUAAUGAGAAUUUCAAGAAGUACUCCGAUGAGGCCACUGCAGACGUCAUCGCGUAAGUUUUUCCCGUUCUGUUCGAGCAACAUGAAGAAGAAGAAGAUUCAGCUGACUUGAUUCGUUUCCAGAGCCGGUCCACAGUUGUAG